UGAUAUGACUGUCGUGUCUGUGUGUAAUUAUGAUUUAGACUGCGUUCCUCUUUACUGGGAUUUACAUUAAUGCAAAUAUUAAGUUAUUAGCCAAACGAUGUUAAACCAGUAGUGUAAUAAAUGAAUGAACACAUUUAAUUAUCAGUUUUUAAUUGACGUUUUAAUCAUAGAUCGGUGUAUAACAUAGUUUAAACCUAAAACGUUUAACAGUCUUUGCACACACACCUUCUAAUGCAAUACCUGGAAUAUGGUGUUAUAUGGAUUACAUUCACUAUUAAAGAAAACGCAGCCAAAACAGGAUGAUAUUUCGAAUAUUCGCUCUUCUUUGCGUCGCUCAAUCAUGUUUAGCAGUGACGGUGAUAAUCAACGAGAUUGAGGUGGACUGCAGUGGACAUUGUGCUUGCUGUGAAGGAGGAGAGGAUGAAUGUGAAUAUAGCAAUGGACAAGCUGAUUAUUGUAUUAAAGGCUGUGUGAACACAAUAUAUGGACACAGAUGCAAAAACUCAUGUUCUGUCAACUGUUUUACUUGCGAAAGAAAUUCAGGCAGGCCGUGUAUCACUUGCAAGGACUCGUUUUACGAUAUAAAUAGUGAUUGUAGCAAGAGUUGUCCUCUUGGGUGUGAUGGUCCUUGUAAUAAUGACGGAACAUGUAUUACAUGUAUAUCCAACUUUGAAGGAGCUAGAUGCGAUGCAUGCAUACAAGGGAAAUACGGUGAAGAUUGUUCUAUGAACUGCCAUUAUCAGAACUGCCAUUGUACAGAAUUGAAUGGAUGUGAUUUAUGUAAAACAGGAUUUGAUGGUGAUUUUUGCAUGAAAUGUGUAGUUGGAAAAUAUGGAGAAAACUGCACCAUUAGUUGUCCUAAUGUAUGCAAGGGUGGAAAUUGUACGAGAGGCGGAGUAUGCAUUGAAUGCAACACUGGAUAUUACGGCGAACAAUGCAAGGAUAUGUGUUCUAAGGGUUGCAAUAAUGAAGAUUGUAAUAGAAAUGGGACAUGUGCAUGUAAUGAUAAUUUUACAGGUACAAAAUGCAACGAAUGUGUUGAAGAUAAAUAUGGGGACAAUUGCCAACAUCAAUGCAGUGUCGGUUGUUCUACAUUGUCCUGUGGCAAAGAAGACGGAUCAUGCCUUCGUGGAUGUAAAGAUGGAUUCUAUGGCAUGAAUUGUUCUCAGAAAUGUACCGAUAUUGAAAAUGGGUGUUUGAAAUGUAGCCAGCUUAAUGGGACGUGUUUGAUGUGUAACACAGGAUUUUACUCGAAUGAAAAUGGAGAUUGCACUACUUGCAAUAGUAACUGUAAUAGUGGACAGUGUAAUCCAGAAACAGGCAGAUGUAUAAAAGGCUGUAGAGAAGGCUUCUGGGGAGACAAGUGUGACGUCAAUUGUAGUUCUAAUUGUGAAACAUGUGAGCAAGGCUCAGGCUUCUGUGAUUCAUGUCGAGACCAAACAGUUCAUGGACUUUAUUGUAACGAAUCAUGCAUCUCAUCUUGCUACGAAAGAAAAUGUGAUCAAGGUAAUGGUCAUUGUUCGAAUGGAUGUAAUGGGGAUUUUUUCGGCAAUAUGUGUCAGUUUAAUUGCCCUGUAAAUUGUCAGCAACGUGGAGCCGACACGAGAUGUACAGCUGAUGGUAUAUGCAAAUAUAGCUGCGUCGAUGGCUAUGAAGGCGAUGACUGCUCAAAUGCUGUAAAAUCACAAGGAGCAGCUAUUGCUGGAGGAGUUAGUGGUGGUGUUGUAGUCAUUAUUGGCGUCCUCGUUGCGUUAUUCUUCUUUCGACGAAGCAAAAACAAGCCAAAUGGUAAUACAACGUUCCAGGCUUACACAACUGAAGAGAACAAAGAAGCGAACAAACGAACACACUAUAAUGAAGGACAGCUCAAGAGAGAAUCUACAAAUUCAAAUCCAGCAGGUACUAGAUCGCCAGCAAACAAACCCACUUCUCAAGAGCUACACACAUCGGCGUAUAUGGUAACCGCAUCUGAACACGAGAUUGACUUAGAAAUAGCUGUCUGUAUCGGAAAUGAAUUUAUGGUUAUUUCAGAUGCCAAUCACGAUGAAGAAAACACUACGGGUGUAUAUUGCAAUAACUCGGUCGCUUUGCAAAACUCUAAAAUUUCUGUUAACGUCCUUGUGCAAUUUAUUGAUUCAUUGACAGAAGAUGAUACAAGAGCUGUAUUUGAGAAAUUUCCGCAAGGACUCAUUAAGCCGUAUGUUCACUCCCAAAGAAGUGAAAACAUGCCAAGGAACAGAUACAAGGGAAUUUAUCCAUAUGAUGACAGCAGAGUUAAGUUUCAAGAUGGACAUUCCGACUACAUCAAUGCAAGCUAUAUUGAUGGUUACAAAAGGAGGAAAGAGUACAUCGCUACCUUAGGGCCCAUGUCGCAACAACUGGGAGAUGAAUUCGAACCUUUCUGGCGGAUGGUGUGGCAACAGAAAGUCGAGAAGAUUGUCAUGGUCACGAACUUGAUUGAAAAUGCGUCGCCUAAAUGCGAACAGUAUUGGCCAAACGUUGGUACUAGCAAGAUGUAUGGAGAGUUCAAAAUCACGUGUCAUUCGGAGGACAUGUAUGCGGAGUUUACAAGAAGAGCUCUUACAGUUAAAAGGUUCUCUGAAGAAAGAACCCUGUACCAUCUGCAUUUCACUUGUUGGCCGGACAAAGGCAUUCCAGACGAUGUCACAGCAAUCAUUGAGUUCAGACAAAGAGUACUAAAUACUCCUAUUUCAUAUAAAGGACCUACGGUAGUCCAUUGCAGUGCUGGUGUAGGACGAACGGGCACAUACAUUGCUCUGGACAUCCUGACGAGGGAGGGUGAAGCUGAACAAGCGGUUGAUAUCCCUGGAUGCGUGGUCAACAUGCGGCAGAAUAGGCCGAACAUGAUACAGACUUGUGAGCAGUAUCAAUAUCUCCAAAAGGCCGUUGUGUAUUCCCUGACUUUCAAUUGUACACCGAUCAAGGCCGAACACUUUCAGCAGUACAUGAAGACAACAAAAAGAACUGACCUAAACAGGCAAUUUCAGCAACUUCAGCACACCGUUGAACAGCGAUCGGAACAGGAAGCAAACGCAGUCGUAAGAAACAAACAGCACUUGGCUAAAAACCGGGCUAAUGCAGAUAUACCGGGUGAUGAAAACCGACCAAGACUCCACUUAGGGUUGGCAACAGGAUCUUCUGAUUACAUCAAUGCUGUGUACAUACAUAGUUUCAAAGAAAAACGCCGAUUUCUGGUUGCACAGACCCCAUUGCCAGAGACCGUUACUGACUUUCUGACAUUGGUUGUCCAAGAAAACUGUUCCUGUAUUGUCAGCUUGGAACCAGACAUGGACAAACAACGGAAUGUUGGAAUUUACUACCCAGCGGAAAAUAUGCAGGCGCUACAGAAGGGGUCAUUUGAAGUCAGCUCCUCACGUGAAACGAGGAAACCACAUUAUGCAAUGAGAAACCUUACGAUACGACAUAAGAGAGCGACAGGGCGCCCUUCUGAGAAAACUCUGUCGCAUAUGCAGUUCACUGAGUGGGAUGAAGUGAAGAAUAUCCCUCGUUCUAUUGAACACUUCCUGACCUUUCUAAAUGACGUGGAGGAAAAAGGAAACAAAGAUGGACCGAUACUUCUUCAUUGUUUUGAUGGGGCAGGUAGAACGGGUCUGUUCUGUGUGGUGGCACUCCUGCUGCAGAAAAUGGCAAUAGAACACGAAGUUAGUGUUCUUAAUGCUGUCAGGAAAGUCAAGGCCAUGCGACGACUAGCCAUUCCAAAUUUGGACCAAUUCAUCUUCUGCCAUGAGAGCGUCCUCGAAUAUUUGCGAGCCUUUGACAAGGAUGUGUAUUCUAACUUCGCUUGUUCGAACGUGUAGAGAUCAUGGCUUAUAAAUACAUCGAUAACAAAAACUGUUUAUGAACGCUAUUUUCAUACAAGAAAAUACGUAUUUGCAUUUGUUUUUUCGUCUUCUUACUUAUAUAGACUCGCUCAUGUUUUUUAUUUAAAGUGCAUUUUUGUAUGACGAAAUGCUUUUCUAAUGCUUAUGCUUUUUCAGAUUCUAAGAUAAAGACAAGCUUUUACAACACUUUUACGCCACUUAGACUGUGAUCAUUUGUUAUACAUUCAGUGAUGUAUUUGACAUUUUGUUGUAGAUAUAUUAUACUUUCAUGUUCAUAUGCUUAAGCAAUGUACAACUUUCUACGUUGUGUGUUUUGUUUGAGUAACAAUCAUAAGAACACUCAAUACAUAAUUAAGGGAAAUCAAACAGCUGACAUAUUUUUAAGAAUGCCUGACUUCUAAAGAAAGCCUUUUUGAAAGAUUACUAACAGAAGUGUCGAGAAAACUUUAAGGUUACAAGAGUGCCAGAGCUUUCCUUAGGGUAUAUGUGAACGUUUAAAGGAACCCUGAAUGUUAUUCAAGAGGUGUUUAACUAUUUUGAUCUUUAUUUAUUGUGUUGAGUAUAAUUUGCUUAAGGAUCACCUAGUUUUCUUCUGACAUUUUACCGAAUGCCAUAUGGAAACUGACCAUCAUAAUAAGCGUAUUAAAACUGGUAGUUGACCGUUCGUGCGAGUAACGCAAACUUCUUGAAGAUCCACAUUUGACUGAAAAUAUAAUUCAUACUAACCUCGUGUAUUCAGUGUUGGGAACUAAAACAAAAGAGGAGAAAGGUUUUAUAUACGCUAAUGGUUUCAUACACAACCAUGAAUUUAAAUUUGUAAAACAGUAUAUUAACCAGAUUCAAUGUGAAGCUGUCGCAUAGAAACAAUGCAAAUAACCCAGUAACAAUACGUUUGUUUUGAAAUGUGUUAAGAUCAUCUUUUUUCUACUGUGUAAAAUUUAUUUAAGAUGACAUCCGCAUACUCCAAGAUUGGCCUUAUGAAGGAUUGACAAAUACCCUCCAGAGGCGCCUAUAAAGUUGAUAGCGUAGACGUUUCAUGAUGUUAACUCUAGACGAAGCUUUGUCUUUGAUAUAAUUAGUUUAAACAUAUUUUAUUGCAUGACAAUACAUUUACACAUUAUAUGAUGAUGAUAACAACAACGAAACAGAAACAGUGCAAUGUAACAAAGCUUGCGUUCAUAUAAAAAGGACAUGCAAAGGGAUUGGGCCACGAGUUUUUCCAACAUCAGUUACGGUCCUUUCCCAAAAUGGCAUAUGAAAAUGAUAACGUUGUCACAUAAACUAUGAAACCAAAUGUAAUAUUUCAUGCAUUUAUGUAUUGUUCAUAUACAUAGGAAUUAGAAUAAUGUGUUAAAUAACUACGAUAAAAAAGAUUUCUAAUUGAUAAAUCGUGU